AUGUCACAUUACUCAGUCUAUCUCGUUGAAUCCAUGGGUAUCCCACGAAACCACCAUGCAAAUUUUAUCAAAACAGGCAACAAAAAGGAGGGGACCAUCUUCAACGUCACGGGGAAUGCAAUGAAUGGAUCUACUCUCGAAAUAAGGGAAACCUCUCAAAGUCCCAGGUCCGAAGCAACUUUCGAGUCAUGGACAGAGAUAGGAGUGAUUGUAGUCGAUGAUUUGCCUCGUGUUAAAGCAAUCUGUGAGGCAAAUCCCCCCCCAGGAAAGCAGUAUGAUGGACUCAAAAAAAUCGACCCUGAGAAGCCUCUGCGACGAUGCCAGGAAUGGACCAGGGAAACGAUUGGGCAUCUGCGAGAGCAAGGUGUUCUUCUGCACGACAACUAG